AUGAAAAAGAACUUACGUCGUCUUUUGACGGAUAAAUUAAGUUUUAGAAAUAUAUGGCGAUACCUUCGCUCAAGAACCAGCUUUUUAGAACUUCAUUAUGCAUUCAUUGUAGGAAAUAUAAUUCUUGGAUCUGUCAUUCUUUAUUGUUCUGGACACCUUCGUUAUAUUGAUGCCUUAAUGUUGGUUUCAGGCGCAUGCACUCAGAGUGGGAUUGCACCUGUAAAUCUCAGUUCAUUGUCGACCUAUCAACAAGUUACCUUGUUUAUUUUCUCUGCAUUUACAAAUGUAAUCGCAGUUAAUCUUGGCCUCUCUUGUUUUAAAUUAUUCUUUUACCACAAAAGAUACGAUGCAGUUAUGCUAAAUAAUAGGUUGCACAUGACCUACACUAAAAAUACAAUUACAGAACCGGCAACUCAAAAUAAGUCUGUGGGGAAACGAAAAAUCCGAGUCUUAUUGGAACAAGGGAAUCAAUUCCAUCGUUCUGUGGCUCCUCAAAACUUUCGUGAUGAAGAGGAGAGGCAAUGGGAAAUGAACAGACCCGUUACUCACGAUUAUGAAGCUGAUUUGGGCACUUCAAGCUCACCAUAUGGUUCACGAUAUGAUGGCUCGCGAAAUCCGUCUCUUACUACCGUAGUAUCUAAUCCAGAACCGGAAAGAACAAUUACUUUUGGGGGCGAAACUCGGCAACGGACGGCUUCUGAAGAUACCGAAAAAUCAAGAGAAUCGCCCUCUAUACGGAGGGACUACGCAAUUCAAAACCAUAGAAGAAGAAAACUUAGUCUGGCUAGUCUCCCGGCGAGAUUUACACGGUCAUUUACGAGCGCUGUGUCAAGGCGCUUUCAGCCGCGAAAUCGAAACCGAGUGCGAUCAGACGAGACAGUGCGAGAAUCGCUUCCCUAUCUCUCGUACACUCCUACCAUCGGACGCAAUUCGGCAUUCUACGCAUUGAGUCCCGAGGAACGCGAGGAGCUCGCGGGAAUGGAAUACCGGGCGCUACAAUCUUUGGUAGUAAUUCUUGUCGCGUAUUUAGCUUUCUUUUACAUUUUUGGUUUUGUGUCCCUUUUAGUUUUUAUAUACGUAGCAAAGGUUUCAUAUCGAUUGCUAACAGACCGGCGUAUCAAUCAUGGCUGGUGGGCGUUCUUUACCUCAUCCUCAAUGUUUCACAAUGUUGGAUAUACCCUUACGGACGAUUCUCUGAAUUCGUUCCAGAAGGCGAUUUUCCCCCAACUGCUUGGAACAGCUUUGCUGUUUGCUGGGAAUAAUCUUUUUCCUGUAUUAUUAAGAAUGUGUAUUUGGGUAUCCCGUCGGCUUUUGCCAAAAAACUCCCAAUACGUUCAGAGCUUAACCUUCUUACUCGAGCAUCCACGAAGAAGUUUCACUUUAUUAUUUCCUCCAGAUACAACACGUGUACUAUUUUGGCAGAUUUUCUGGCUAAAUGCCAUUACUUUUGCACUUUUUCUACUGCUAAAUGUGAAUAAUGCGUAUGUGAGAACAAUACCCGUCGGUUAUAGAAUCGUAAAUUCUAUAUUUCAAAAUGCUUGUACACGAUCUGGCGGCUUUACAGUUGUUGAUGUGGCUCUUAUCGCGCCUGCCGUGAUAACGGUGUACAUGUUCAUGAUGUACAUUUCAGCCUAUGUCGCACUUAGUAUCCGAAGAACGAACGUGUAUGAGGAACGGUCGCUGGGUAUAUAUACUCCGCCGGAAAGCACGAAUGAGAAUGGUGACGGAUCACAAAAUCAUCACAGAAGUUUUCUUCUCACGCAUGUUCGCCGUCAAUUGAGUCAUGAUUUAUGGUAUUUAUUCCUAGGUUUUUUCAUUAUCUGCAUCGUUGAAGGUGGCCGACUAGAACGAGCAGAAGAACCGAGUUUCAACCUCUUUGCUGUUCUAUUUGAAGUCGUUUCUGGCUACGGUACUGUCGGGCUAUCACUAGGUUAUCCAAAUGCACCUUCCCUUUCAGCUGAAUUCAAAAUACUGAGCAAGCUUGUUAUGAUUGCUUUAGAGAUUAGAGGUCGCCACAGAGGUCUCCCAAACCAACUCGACAAAGCUGUUCUCAUGCCGUCUGACAAAAACUUCGACAAAGAAGAAGAAGACUUCUUACGAAAGAACGGCCAACCAUCUCUCCGACACCUGCGGCCCCCUCAAGACUGA